AGCUGACUCAUUUCCAGAGCCCAGACUGGGUAUCGACGCAGAGCUGCUCUGAUCAUGACUACUCGGGGUGAAGGCGAGAAAAGAUACGAUCCCAGAGACACGACGCUGAAAUUUGUCAACAGACCGGAUGAUCUGGAUCCACUACCUCCGGAGGAUGGAGACCAGGGUCUCCGAGCAGAGAUGUCCUGCGGUCACGCCGUCACCCCAGAGUCUCUCACUGGGUGGUGCCGCAGUCUGCUGGAUCAGGGCCAGUACAAAUUUAAGUGCCCCGCUUUAAAGGACGGCACUUUGCAAAAGUGCAACGCAUUGUGGUCUUAUCAGGAGGUGCGCAGGCUGGCGGUGCUGACGGCUGAGGAGAUGCAGUACUUUGAGGAGAACAUCGCACGUCUGGCUGCCACAGAAUACUGUGAAUUUCAAGCAUGCCCUGGUUGCAAAACCUACGUGGAGAGAGAGGACCUGACCAACCUGAACACACAGUGCACAGUGUGCACAUCAGACAAGAAGAAAGUGUACCAGUUCUGCUGGCAGUGUCUGAAGCCGUGGAAAGGUCCUGCUCCACGCUCCGAUCGCUGCGACAACGACGGCUGCAUCAACAACGUCCUCGAGCUUCUCAAGAACUGCAAGACUAUCGCCCUCCAUCAGGUGGAGGGGGUCACCGCCUGCCCCUCCAUCCGGGCCUGUCCCACCUGUGGUACCAAGGUGGAGCACGACAGAACGGGCUGCAAGAACAUCAUCUGUUCUCGCUGUCAGAUUGAGUUCUGCUUCGUGUGCCUGAAGCUCACACCAAAGUGCCUGGAGACCAGCUCUUACUUCAUCCCCUGCAGUGAUGGUGUGGCUCCCAGACAGACCUCCAUACCUGUGUGGCGCAGAAACUAAGAGGAAAUAUUCACACAUGGCCUCUUAUCAUGUAUUUUUACAGCUAUCUUCUGUCAUACUAGACUUCUGCGUGUUAUUGUGAGGUUCUAAUUGUGAUACAAAGUGUUAUAGGCCUUCUAGUUUAGUGGUAUUGUACAAUAUCUGCUGUUUCCUGACUAUGUUCUAUAAUAAACUGUUUUGAAACUGACACUGAAGCUUGUUCAUGUAGAACUGAUCUUUGCUCACUGAUAGUUAAUCAUUUAUAACUGCAUUACCUAAUAAAGAUCUUUUGAAAUAAA